AUGGAAAAAAUAAAUAAUUCCUCCAAUUCUUUAAUUCCCUCCUCCAACAACAAUACCCUCCUCAUUCCAACAAAUUCCUCCUCACAAUUUAUUUUAAAUGAGGAUCAGUUAGACCAAUUAUCUAACCAAUUAAAGUUGUUAAGUAUUAAUGAUGUGGAUAUCAACAAAGUUUUGAAAAAAUUAAAAACCCUCAAAAAGGAGGUGGGGAGAACUUUUUUUGAAAAUUAA